AUGAAUCAGUCCUUUUAGUGAAGCAAUAGCUCACGCCUUCCACGUGUGUAAAGUGUAUCUGAGAAGCCAAAACGGCAGAAAAAGAAGAUGUCUGAAACUGACAGGAAAAGCUCCAAUUACAACAGUCUGACUAUAAGAGUUUACAGAAAGUUUAAGCAUAAAAUAGCUCUGAAGAACAGCCUGGCAAAAGAGACACUCUCUGAGUUUUUCGCCACAUGUUUACUGAUAAUUCUUGGCUGUGGUUGUGUUGCAACCUCUGUCCUAAGCAAUACUUCAGAUGCCUACCUCACAAAUAACCUGGGUUUUGCAAUGGCAGUGACUAUAGCAGUUUAUGUCUCUGGAGGGGUCUCAGGUGGCCAUAUAAACCCAGCUGUCUCCUUUGCCAUGUGUUUAACAGGAAGACUAAAGUGGGCUAAGUUUCCUUUCUAUGUAAGUGCACAGUUUUUGGGUGCAAUUGCUGGAUCUGCAGCAGUUUUUGGCAUCUAUUAUGAUGCACUUUAUAAUUACACAGGAGGGAUCCUUACAGUUGAUGGUCCAAAUGCUACAGCAUACAUUUUUGCAACAUAUCCCAAGCCUUAUCUGUCUAUUAUGGGUGGAUUUGUAGAUCAGGUAAUGUCUACUGCUCUCCUACUCAUUGGAGUGCUUGCAAUAUUUGACAACAAGAAUUUGGGAACUCCCAAGGGGCUAGAACCCAUUGCGGUUGGUCUACUCAUUCUGCUUUUAGGCUUGUCACUUGGAAUGAAUUCCGGAUGUGCAAUGAAUCCUGCAAGAGAUCUGGGACCAAGGAUCUUUACAGCUAUGGCUGGAUGGGGCAUGGAAGUAUUCACAUCUGGAAAUAGCUGGUGGUGGGUUCCUGUCGUGGGGCCUAUGCUUGGAGCAGCUAUUGGUGCCUUCAUUUAUGUUCUCUGCAUAGAAGCUCAUUUCAGUGAUGACAUGGAAGAUGUACAUAAUAGCCUGGAAGCAGAUCAUUAUGAGAAACAAGAACUUACCAGCAUGGCGUGAAAUGCCCACCUGGACUAAUUUAGUCCUGUGUUUGGACUGGGAGACAAAUACUGCCUUGUAGUAUUACAGCAAUCACCUACCACCAUAAUCUCAUCUAAGGAAUACAACAUUUUACUGUGAUGAAGCACACGUAACAGCAGCAAUAUUACCAGCUCACUAUGAAAAGGAAAAUGUGCACUUUUUUAAUGGCUUGCAUUUAAAUUUUUAUUCCCAGCCAUCAUUCACACAGAUAAAAGUACUGGGGCCUAAUCAUAUGACCUCUUAAUUGCUGGGACAUAAAUCCCAUGUAUUAAUGAAGCACUAAUGGACCAUACACUGGGUCACUAAGGUGUAUGCAGGUGAUUGGUCUUGUCAUGCAUUAAUGUGUAAUAGGUGUGAUCAAUCAUCAGUACCAUUAAAAUAUGCUACCUGGUAAAAUGAUUUUACUGUCAAGGGCCAACAGCUUUACGUCAAUCGGAUAUUGUUCCCCAUCUAAAAGGAAAUGUAUUUUACAUUGUCAUUAAUUAUGCUGCUAGAGGGGGCAACCUAUGAAGCAAUAAACCCACUGUGCUCAGGAUUACUAGGACCUGCCAAGCCAAUGAAUGGCCCAUUCCUAAUUAGCUCUAAUGAUACAAAGGAUCUCUCCUUGCUGAAAGCUCCACUGAUGAUCUUCUUUCUUUCUUCCGUAUACACUUAUAUAGAGGAAAUAUAAAAAUAGGUAAAGUAAGUGUUAGAAAAAGAGUGGAGUUAAGGUUGGGCAGAAAAAGAAACUACUGGUUGUUUGGUCUAGUGUAGAGUCUUUGUGGCCACUUCUUUCAUUCAUCUACAGCCAAGGACUGCAUAUUCUAAUUCAAUAAUCAGUGAAUAGUUGGGGUGAAUUUCAGAGCAAAAUGUUUGCUCCCUCUCCAUGUGUCUGCACUCAGGCCGAAGCCAUGCCUUUCAAUGCAGACAGAGAACGAGCAAAAGAGAAUGACCUCGUCCUGGCCCGAGAAAGUGUUAUGUCUGCCAUUAGCCUCAGGGGCACAUAGAACAGUUUUCAUUUUUUUUGAUCAAGGGCCUAGAUUUUAGUUCUAGCAAUACAGUACUAGGAAAAUAAUAAAGACAAUUCAAAAAUA